CGGGCGACGGCGAUUCGCUACUUUAGAUGAGUCAACUUUCACAUCUGUGCAUUUACACGGGAAAUACUAUUUUAACCGUUAGUAAUAAACGGCCUCGUGCAAAAAUUAACGCGACAUAAUGUGACCAGUUAAGCAGGAAUACAAAAGGAGGAAUGUGGUGAAUGCAUCAAGCCAGGGUUUGCCCAAAGAUGGACAAAAGAAUGUGAUAUAUACAGGAAAUUAUCGUGAAAUUACAUACUGAAAGAAGAUUUUAAAUGGUAAAGAAAAGGUACCUGUAAAACAUUGGCAAUAUUAUGUGUCCAGUUAAAGCCUAAGAGUUCAUUGUUUGUGCAACAAUUAAUGACGCAUGAUGUUGACAGCAUGUGGGAAAUUAAUUAGUGAAUAUAAAGUGGUCAAGCUUGCGAAUUCAGACAUAAGGAGUGAGAAGUGUGUAGCAUGUCAGUUAUAUUGGAUAUUAAUGGAGAGCAAUGUAUUAUAAGAUCAAUAUUAAGACAGAUCAACCCUAAAAUGGAAAAACUUCACAGACUUGGUUCCUUUGAAAGUUGAGACCUGAUUGCCAUGGCAACAAAAUUUGGUGUUCAGCUGAAGUCGAAGGGUGGGGCAGAUGAUCCCCCUGGGGGAGGGAAAGAGGGGCCUCAGGGGAGCGUCACUGCCAGUGGGGCUCAUCGGUCAGACUUCAAAACCAAACCAGUUUCCGAUCUGAAAUCCAUGUUUGACAAGAAAGAUCAGGAAGCAAAGGAGAGUAUCGCAGUUUUGACAAGAAACAGUAGUAUUAGCAGCGAGAAUGAGGUAUCGAAAACAGUGAAAACUGAUUUUGUUGGUGUCUCAGGAAAUUCUAAAAUUCAACUGGAAUCGAAAACGGUGAAAACUGAUACUGUUGGUGUGUCAGGAAAUUCUAAAAUUCAGGUGUCUUCAACGUCAAAAUCUAGUUCUGUGUCGGGGAAUAAGUUGACGGCUGAUGAUAAAAGUGCCUUUGAAGCAUUGAAAGGUAAGCUGAACAAGACGGACAUUCAGUCGUUGCUUGAUAUUAAGGAGCCCGUGGUGGGUGUUGCGAAAAGUAAAACUUUUGGGACAUCAGGUGGAACAUUUCAGGCAACAAUAGAAAAAAACAAAGUUCAGACGACCCAAGAUGAAGAUUCUAAAGUACCUGUCACAAAGGCAGAUGCAGCGUCUGUGUUAUCAUUUGGACUAACAAAAUUACGAACCCGUCCUAUACAAGAACCGUUGGCUGACAAAUUAUCAACAAAAACAGAGUCAUCGAAGCAAAGUACUCCUGCAGUGAAAGAGUUGGGAAAAGAAAAGAUCAUACUGGGGGUAGCCAAAGGCUGGAAAGGGACUGAUGAUGCUGUAAGUAAGGAUCUAAGUAGUAAAAGUGGCGGGAAAAGUGGCGUGUUCAGUGCAAGUGCUGUUGGUAAGGUCCGAACUGAGGUUAAAGAAGAGAAGGAGCCAAAAGUGAAGGGAUUUGGAUCUGUAAGCCCUGUUAAUUUUAAAAGCGGCUCGAGUGAUGAAUCUGUGGUGUCCUCCAAUUUAAGUCCAAGAGGUUACAAACCACCAACAUUUGAUUUUAAUACUCAGAAGUCUGAUGAGACUGCAGAUGUUAAAACAGACAUAAACAAGAACUUUAAGAAAUUAGAUUAUGCUAAUACUGAUUGUCUUUCAAAGGAGAUAAAGACAUCUACUCCAAUAUGUGACCAUAAAAGCUUAGAAAGGGAAAGUUCAUCAGGAUCAUUGGGUUCCAAACUGGAAAGAAAAGAUUCUAAACCCAAACUUUCCGCAGUCGAACAGUUAGCAAUUGAUAAGGAAAGGCUUAAAAAUAAUAGAACUUCUGGUUCCUUCAGUAGCGAUCAAGAAAAAGGCAAAAGGUCACCAAAGAAUAAGAAAGAAGAAUUUAAAUGGCUGGAGAAAGGAAGAAUUUCUUUAGAAGAGUUUAAGGAACAGAAAAAAUCAACAUCUCCGAUACAAAGACCUCUCAGUCGUGCUUCAAGUUCAGGAUCUAGCAGUUCAUUGUCGAGAUCUGACGCAGUCUCAGUACAAGCACAAAGCAAUCGUGUAAGUUCGCCAGAACCCAGCAAACAAUGUCAAAGUCAUCUGAGUCCCUUCAUGGAAGGUGAAGUGCAAUUACGAAGUAAAAAAGGUGAAUUUGCGGUCUCCACAAGGUCUAAAAUCAGUGUUGAAAAGUUCACUGAAAUUAAGAAAGGAUUUGAAUCAAAGCAAGUUGAAUCUCAAACUGUGUUGAAAGAGGUUACAAGGCCAAAGCUUGAGGUCAAAAUGGGUAAGAAACUGCUGGAGAGGAAGCAAUCCUUUGAAGGUGGUGAGAUCUUUCGAAGCAGGUCCAUAGAGAGACAAGAAGUGGUGUCACCGCGCGACCGUGGUAAUGUACUGGGAACCGUGAAAGCACUUGUUGAGCUGGAUGCAAAGGCAAAGGCUCAGCCCGAGAUUAUGAGGCGAACAAAGUCCUUGCCCUCUGAUAGUCUGGAGGAUGACAACUCGUCUUCGAUGGAUUAUGACGAUGUGGCAAAUGGGCCAUUAAGCCCAUUAUACCAGGUCGUUCAGGAAGUGGAUGAUGUUUCAAAUGAAGGCGACAUCAGCAGUGAUGCAGAUCUGAUCUAUGAGGAAAUUCCAGCACAUGAUCCAUCAGCGAUGCUGUCAAGAGGCGAUCCUGAAAAUAAAGCCAAGUUCAAGGACAGACGGUCAAUGGCUUUCAAGAAAAGACAAAAACAAGUUGAGGAGACACCUCCAUCCACAGAAAUUCAGGCAGGGAAUGAUGGUGACAUUGACAGCGACUCCGACAGUAUCUACGAGCCCAUAGACGACGAGUGUGACAAAGUAAGUGAGUCUGACAGUCUAGAACUGCCCCCUGAGGUGCCAAGUCUACCACCAUCCAGAAACGAGUCUACAGGAAAUAAGAAAAAGAAAAAGGAACCCAAAGGUGAAAAAGAGGACAAAGUAAAGAAAGGAUUUAGAGGAAAGUUAAAACAGUUUUACAAAGGAAGGAGCAAGGAAUCUGACCCAACAUUAGUGACUUCUAGUAGUCUGUCAAAUGGAAGUAAUGGUGUUCUGAGUAAAUUAAAAAAAUUGAACAAAUCAAAGGCCUCUAAUUCUGCGCCAAAUUUAGAAGAACUCGCGAAGUCUUCUUAUUCUGCGCCAAAUUUAGAAGAAUUCUUUGAAAAUAAUCCUGUGUGUGAUAGUGAAGGCACAGACACAGAAGGAGACGUUGGGGAGGAGAUGUCCAAACGAAUGACAAAGUCGGAGGAUGAGGGUGGGACGGAGGGUUCAACUCUUGCCCCACCCCCACUCCCCCCUCGACGCCCCUCAAGCAGCAUAGAUCUGAAAGGAGACAAUGAGUAUGAAGCACCCAAACGACACUCGCAGGAAAUAAAUAGCGGCCACAGUUCAUCAAGCCUGGACAACAAGGGAGGGCGGACGUCACCCUUGCCCCUCCCGCCCAGAAAUAGAAUAUCAAACAAGCUGGACUUGAAUGUGGUGGUGCCUGUGAAACCCGGGGGAGAUGCGAGGUGAGUCGGUACUGGGGGCUUUUUGUCAGGGGCUGAGUUAGAAUCUUAGUAACCUAUGUCCCACUUUUAUUUCAGUACUUUUAGAAAACCCUACCUAAUGUGUUGAUGGCUGGAAACAUACAUGUUCCAACUCUACCUCUUACCCAAUAAUCCCGUAUAAUUACCAUUUCUAUUUUCAAAACCAAAAUAUGGCU